AUAACUCUGUCGUGCCAUAUUUAGGGUUAGUUGAAAGCUGUUUUGCUUUACCCUCCAUUUUCAUUCCCAGGCGGCGGACUCAGCUUCAGCAUCAGUCCUAACAAGUUAAAUGGCGUCGGAGCAGAAACUAUCGAACCCAAUGAGGGAAAUCAAGGUACAGAAGCUUGUCCUUAACAUCUCCGUCGGUGAAAGUGGAGAUCGUCUCACCAGGGCUGCCAAGGUGUUGGAGCAACUCAGCGGCCAAACACCCGUUUUCUCAAAAGCCAGGUACACUGUCCGGUCCUUUGGAAUUAGACGUAAUGAGAAGAUUGCGUGCUAUGUCACUGUUAGGGGAGAGAAGGCGAUGCAACUUUUGGAGAGUGGGUUGAAGGUUAAGGAAUAUGAGCUGUUGCGAAGGAACUUUAGCGAUACCGGUUGCUUUGGAUUUGGUAUUCAGGAGCAUAUUGAUCUGGGAAUUAAAUAUGACCCAUCCACCGGUAUUUAUGGUAUGGACUUCUAUGUUGUUCUGGAGCGUGCCGGCUAUCGUGUGGGUCGUCGCCGUAGGUGCAAAUCCCGUGUUGGGAUUCAGCACAGGGUUACCAAGGAGGAUGCUAUGAAGUGGUUCCAGGUCAAAUAUGAAGGUGUGAUCCUCAACAAGUCCCAGAAUAUAGGCUCUUAAGCCCAUACGAAGAGCGAUAGAACCAGAUGAAGUUUUUGCACACCUAGGUUGAUAUUUCUGUAGACCAGAAUCAAUUAAUCUUCUUAUUUAUCAAGUUUUGGCAAAGCUUUGGUUUCUGUCUUUGUGGACUAAAGUUUUAAUUUCACUUAUCUCAAUUGGUUUAUUUACCCAGAUGCACCUAUGUUUUGAGUGUUUUAUGUUAAAAGAUUUGAAUAUUCA